AUGAACGGCGCCAACUUCGAGGACAUCGAAGACCGCGAUGGCGUCCGAUUCUCGUGGAACGCUUGGCCAUCGAGCCGUAUCGAGGCCACGCGCACGGUAGUUCCCAUCUCUGCUCUCUACACUCCUCUGAAGGAGCGUGAAGACCUCCCUCCCGUCCACUACGAGCCUGUGACCUGCAAGGCGCCAUGCAAGGCCAUCCUCAACCCCUUCUGUCAAAUUGAUGUCCGUGGCAAGAUGUGGAUCUGUCCCUUCUGUCUGCAGCGCAACCCCUUCCCUCCCCACUACAAGGAGAUCUCGCAGACCAACCUCCCUGCCGAGCUGUUGCCAAAGUACACGACCAUCGAGUACACUCUCUCGCGCCCCGCCCCUGUGCCUCCCAUCUUCCUCUACGUCGUCGACACUUGCGUUGACGAGGACGAGCUCAACGCUCUCCGCGAGACCCUUGUGGCCUCGCUCAGCCUCCUCCCUCCCAAUGCCCUCGUCGGCUUGAUCACUUUCGGCACCAUGGCGCUCGUCCACGAGCUCGCGUACGCCGACUGCCCGAAGGCGUUCGUCUUCCGCGGCUCGAAGGAGUACCAGCCCAAGCAGAUCUCGGACAUGCUUGGCCUGAGCGCCUCGAACCGCCCGACCAUGCGCCCCGGCCAGCCCAUGCCCGCCCCCGCAGCAUCGCGCUUCCUCCUGCCCGUCCAGGCCGCCGAGUUCCAGCUCACCAACAUUCUUGAGAACCUCCAGCGCGACCCCUGGCCCGUGGCCGACAACAAGCGUCCCCUUCGCUGCACUGGUGUCGCCAUGGGUGUUGCCGUCUCGCUCCUCGAGACUGCCUUCCCCAACACUGGAGCGCGCAUUAUGCUGUUCGCCGGUGGCCCCGCUACCGACGGUCCCGGUCUCGUUGUCUCGCCAGAGCUCCGCGAGCCCAUCCGUUCGCACCACGACAUUGACCGCGACAGCGUCAAGCACUUUAAGCGCGCGACCAAGUACUACGAGAGCCUGGCCAAGCGCGCAUCGCAGAACGGCCACGCGGUCGACAUUUACGCGGGCUGUCUUGACCAGGUCGGUCUGCUCGAGAUGAAGUCAAUGUGCAACUCGACCAACGGUUUCAUGGUUAUUUCCGACUCGUUCAUGACUGCCAUCUUCAAGCAGACCUUCCUGCGCACCUUUGCCAAGGACGAGCAGGGCUUCAUCAAGAUGGGCUUCAACGGCACGUUUGAUGUCCAGACCACCAAGGAGCUCAAGAUUUCUGGUGUUAUCGGCCACGUCAUCUCGGCCAACAAAAAGUCGUCGUGCGUCGGCGAGACCGAGAUUGGUAUCGGUCAGACCUCGGCCUGGAAGGUGUGCUCCCUCACCAACAAGUCGUCGCUCGCCGUCUACUUUGAGGUUGUCACUCCCGCUGGCCAGCCUCUCCAGCCCAACCAGUCGGGUCUCAUCCAGUUUGUCACCCACUACCAGCACGCUUCGGGCCAGUACCGUCUGCGUGUCACCACUGUUGCUCGCACUUUCCACGAGGGUGGCCACCCCAACAUUGCCGCCCAGUUUGACCAGGAGGCCGCUGCUGUCCUCAUGGCGCGCAUUGCCGUCUUCAAGGCAGAGAUUGACGACUCGCCCGACGUUCUCCGUUGGCUCGACCGCAUGCUCAUACGCCUUUGCCAGAAGUUUGCCGACUACCGCAAGGAGGACCCAACGAGCUUCCAGCUGGCGCCCAACUUCUCCAUCUACCCGCAGUUCAUGUUCCACCUCCGCAGGUCCCAGUUCCUCCAGGUGUUCAACAACUCGCCCGACGAGACAGCGUUCUACCGCCACGUGCUGAACGACGCCGACGUCAACAACUCUUUGGUCAUGAUUCAGCCUACUUUGAUGUCGUACACCUUUGAGCAGGAGCCGCACCCCGUGCUGCUCGACUCGGUCUCGAUCCGCCCCGACGUCAUCCUCCUCCUCGACACCUUCUUCCACAUUCUCAUCUUCCACGGCGAGACCAUUGCCCAGUGGCGCAAGGCCAACUACCAGGAGCAGGACGACUAUGCCAACUUUAAGGAGCUGCUCGAGGCCCCCGUCGCCGACGCCCAGGAGCUGCUCGAGGACCGUCUCCCCAUUCCCCGUUAUGUCGUGUGCGACCAGGGUGGCUCGCAGGCCCGUUUCCUGCUCUCCAAGCUUAACCCCUCCACCACCCACACGUCGGGUACGGGCUAUGGCGCUCCCACCGGCGGCCAGGCCAUCUUCACCGACGACGUCUCCCUCCAGGUGUUCAUGGAGCAUCUCAAGCGUCUUGCGGUUGGCGCGUCGACUAGCUAG